AUGAUAAAGGCGUACAAAAACCAAGAAGAAGAAGAAGAAGAAGAAGAAGAAAUUUAUGAACGUAAACAGACACAGCAAAAAUCAUCAUCAAAUAUAGAAGAUAAUUCUUGUUUUUUUGUAUUUUGGGAUUGUUUAUUGCCACUUUUUAAUCGUUGCCGUCAGUGUAAUUCUACUGUUGUAUCCGUCCAACAUUAUAUCCAAAGGGCAUUACUAUCUGUUAUAACUAUAUGUGAUAGAAACCAUAAAUUAAUUUGGCGUUCACAAAAUAAGAGUAAUAAACGUCCAUUAGGAAAUAUACUGAUUGGAUCUGCUUUGACUUUAUCCGGAAUUCUGUACACACAAAUGGUAGCUUUCUGUGAUUCAUUAAAACUAUCAUUUUUUUCUCGUCCGGUUUAUGAUAAAAUAAUUAAGCGUUAUACUGGACCAGUCAUCUGUAAUAUUUGGGAAAAUCAAAAGAAAAGUACAAUUGACAGUAUUAAAAAUUCAGAAAAUGAUAUUUGGUUAGCCGGAGAUGGGCAGUAUGACUCUCCAGGCUUUUGCGCCAAAUAUUGCAUCUAUUCAGUAAUGGAUUUACGUAGUGGAAAAAUAGUAGACUUUAAACUUGUUCAAAAAGGUAUGGUAAAAGGAGACUUAGAAAGAAAAGGUUGUGAAUUAUUACUUGAUGAUCUGACCAAAAACCAAAAUUUUAAUAUUAAAUUGUUUCUUACUGAUCGACAUAAAGGAAUUCGUUUUUACAUUAGAACACAACAUCCUGAAAUACAACAUGAAUUCGAUGUGUGGCACCUAUCUAAAAGUGACGGUCAAUUAUUAGUUGAAAAAUUCACGUCUCUACUACAUCACAUAAAAAAUGAACAUGAAUGGGAAGAAAAUAGAGUAACAAAAACAUGCGAUCAUGAUCCAUUAACAGACAAAGAAAUAAAUAAAAAAUUAUGGUUAAAAUCCGAUGACGAAUCAUACUAUGCAUUAAAAAAAAUUAUAACUGCCAAUGAUUUUAUAGAAGAUUUGCCACAUGCAAAACAUUUUGUGCACACUGGCCGUUUGGAAUCUUAUCAUAAUGUAAGGCUAAAAUACAUGCCUAAACGAAUUCAUCUGAAAUAUAGAGGUAUGUACAUAAGAUCCAUCAUGGCUAUAUUGGACCAUAAUUACAAUACAAAUAAACAAGUAGUAGGUGAUAAAAUGGUAUACUCGAAACCGUUAGGGAAAUACACAAUAGAAAAUGUAUAUGAGCGUACUGAUAAUGAUUGGCGAAAACAAAUUAUGGAAAAAGUACUUGAUUUGGCAAAAAAAACAACAAACGAAUAUAAUAUCAUAACAAUACCAGAAGAAAUUGAAAUUCCUAAGUCCAUAGCUCCAAGACCAAAUAUUGAAGAAAUACGGUCUAAAAGAUAUUCGAGAUUUACAAUUUAA